CGUUGCGUAGCGAGCUAGUUAUCAUUGAACGCUCGUUGGUUUCAUUUCGUUCUACGUUAAGUUCUACUAUUUUGUUGUCGAGAUUUUUGGAUUUUUGUUUUUAGUCCGGUAUAGAAAUAGUAGUAGUAAUUGUAGACGGCAAAUAGAUAAGAAGGAAAUAUGGACUCAUAUUGGUGAUUUUUUCUAUUUGCUUUUUGCCGAAGUGAUCGAUUCGCGAGUGAUUAGAAUGACGAGGACAAUGCCGCAACACAGGGGCAAUUCUUCAGUUUUAGCUGUUCCAGCAGCUUCGAUUAUCAUUUCGACGGCUAUCAAUGAGUUUAGGAAAGCAUUCGUUUACUUUAGCUACAAAUGGUUUCAUGGGCAUUUGUCUGGCAAAGAAGCGGAAAAACUCAUGUUAGACGGGGGUAAAAACGGCAGCUUUUUAGUUAGGGAAAGCCAAAGAAAUCCUGGUGAUUUCGUUUUGUCAGUUCGUACGGACGACAAAGUUACCCACGUUAUGAUCAGGUGUACUUCUGACAACAAAUACGAUGUAGGUGGUGGGGAUCAAUUCAGCAGUCUCGCAGAUUUGAUUGAACACUACAAAAGAAACCCGAUGGUGGAAACAUCAGGUACUGUAGUACAUUUGAAACAACCUUUCAAUGCUACUAAAAUCAACGCUUCCGGAAUACAUUCGAGGGUAAAACAAUUGCAGAGCGAAAAUGAGCCCAGUAGGUUUGGUAAAACAGGAUUUUGGGACGAAUUUGAGUCGUUACAGCAACAGGAAUUCAAGAAUUUAUAUCAAAGAAAGGAGGGUGUCAAACCUGAAAAUAGAAAUAAGAAUAGAUACAAAAAUAUACUACCUUUUGAUGACACUCGGGUUAAGUUAAAAGAUGUCGACCCGAAAGUGCCAGGAGCGGAUUAUAUCAAUGCCAACUACAUCCGAUGGAAGGCUGACGAGACAAUAGGAACUGAAUUGGGCAGUGAUCCAAGUGGCAAAGUGUACAUUGCCACCCAGGGUUGCCUUCCGUCAACUAUUCCAGAUUUUUGGCAGAUGGUGUGGCAGGAAAACUGCCGGGUGAUUGUUAUGACUACCAAAGAAACAGAACGAGGAAAAAAUAAGUGUGCCAGGUACUGGCCAGACCUGAAUUGUGUAAAGGAAUAUGGAAAAAUAAAAGUAAAGAAUGUGUCCGAAUCUAGUCCUCCACACUAUAAAUUGAGUGAGUUUUUGGUUACAAUGGAAGGAACUAAUUGUGAAAGAAAGGUUUAUCAUUAUCACUUUCAGGCAUGGCCAGAUCAUGGUGUUCCAGCUGACCCUGGCUGUGUCUUGAAUUUCCUGCAUGAAGUCAAUAAAAGUCAAGAAGCCAUUCAAUUAGAAUCACCUCAUCAACCACCUGGUGCUAUUUUAGUGCACUGUUCUGCGGGUAUUGGCAGAACGGGAACUUUUAUUGUAAUAGACAUGAUUUUGGACCAACUGAAAAAACAUGGUCUUGACUGUGAAAUAAAUAUAAAACGUACAAUACAAAUGGUUAGGUCCCAACGUUCCGGAAUGGUACAGACUGAAGCACAAUACAAAUUUGUUUAUUUAGCAGUGCAACACCACAUAGAAACAAUCACUGAAAGAAUGAAGGCUGAACAAAAAUAUAUGCAAUUAGGAAGAGAAUACACAAACAUCAAAUAUAGUAGUGAAAUAGGAAACAGUUGUAUGUCUCCAACAAUGGCCUCAAGUUGUUUUGGAAGCACGACGUCUCUUAACAACAGAUCGACCAAUAACAGCAUCAUGCUGCCUGCUCCUCCAAACCAGUAUUCUGUGAUACUCAGACCAGAAGCAAAAAAACCGAUGAGAGCCAUGUCUGAAAUCAAUCCCCUGCCAAGACCACCAGAGGACUUGGUGAAGCCCAUGUUGUAUGAAAACAUUCCAGGAAACCCAUCUGGUUCAAUAUCGUUGCCUGCACCACCUCCACCACCCAGAAAAGCUUCGUGAUAAUUGAGAAUAUAUUAUUUCUAUUCCAAUUCUACUUUGUGUACCUUCUCAAUGUGCUAUAGUGAACUAAAAUAUAGUUACACGUGUUAAUAUUGUUACUCAUAAAAUAACUAUUUGAUAGCAGUGGUGCUCAUUACAUUUGACAUAUUCACAUAUUGAAAUUAUGUUUGUUCCACUAAUAUUUCAUAGGAAGAUGAGAACGAUUCAGGAAGAAAGUAUUCGAAUAGGCUGUGCAUAGAAAAAACGAAUAUGGGGGAAAAGACAUUGAAAGCAAAUGUUCACAAGGUUAAUGUAAUUUAGUAAUUUUAUCUUCUUAUUGCAUGACUUUUUUCAGUUUCAUUCCAAAAAAUCAUUUUCAAGUUUAUGCUAUUUGGAAAUCUAAUAUUGUCCUACUUGAUAACAGAAUUAUAUUGUUUUUCUAUAAAAUCUUUUUUAUUUUCCAUUUAUUGAAUAUUUAUUGGCAAAUUCUAAAACAAAAUUUAUAUUAAGAAUGAAUAUUGAAAGUAAAUAUGUAGUACAUUUUUCAGUAUUCAAUGAUAUUCAAAUCAGUGGACACAAUAUUAGAUGAAAUCCAUAUAAAUAAAAUGGUAAAAUUAACAGAGCCGCUGGAGUAGGUUCUGUUGAGUUUAAAAAGUUUGUACUGAAAAAUAUAAUGAUGCAUAACAUUUCUUACUGUUUCAAGAAAACUACUAUUAAACUUAAUAACCUAGUUUUGUUUGGGUAUCAUAACUAAUGAUAGAUGAAAGAAAGUUGAAGAAACUGAAGUAAUAUUGUACUUUUCGUAGUGAAGUUGAAUUGCUUCUUUUCUUUCCAAAUGAGAAGUGGAAAAGCUAUUUACUUUGGGCAUUUUCUCGUUACACAUGUGAACAAAUAUUUGAAUAUGAUAUUUUUCAUGAUAAAAAUAAAUUCAAUAACCUGGGAAGUUGAUGUGAAUUUUAAAAAAGUAAAAGAUUUUUAUCGGUAUCAGAAGUGAUCAGACUCCUCAAUCUAAAAAUCCUUCAUAUAGCAAAUAGUAGAGAAAUAGAUUUUUAAUAGGUCAGUUCACACCCUUACCAAUAACCUUUGUUUCUGAAAAAAUCAAUAACAAUUAUUACCUUGCAAAGUAAAUGUGCUUUAAAUAAAUUAUGCUUUCAUGAGUGUAAUUGCUUUCUUCCUCAACAAUUCUGUCUGAUGAAGUAUGUAAAAGAUUUGACAUUUAGUUGAUUCUUAUCAAAACUGUCCAGAUUUAACGUUGGAGCAUCCCUAGCUAACUAAUCUAAUGCAAUUUGAGUAAUUUUCCAAAUUUCAAAAUGUGAUAUUAUUGCAAACAAUUUUAGAUAUUCAUUAUAAAUACGGCCUGAAAAGAACUAUAAAAACAAAUGAAGGUACAAUUUGAGUUUCUCUUUAAAAAUGUAUUUUUUGAGGCACAAUUUUUUUACAUAUAUUUUUUUAUUUGUUUUAUAUAUAUGCUACAUACUCCAUAGGAGUUAUUAUUUUGGAAAAAAACCGACCAUUAGCUUGGUGGAUAGUGAUCAGACGUGAACAAUAUGUAGAAAUGGAGUUCCUAAGUUAACCAUGAUUGUCAUCAAAGAAAAGUCAUGAAUAAAUUUCACAGUGAAACAAAUUGUAUCAUCAGUUUUGUUUUAUCAAAACUCAUAUAUGGCUGUUAUACAAAUCAAGUCACGUUUUUAAAAUCCAAUGUAGUUGAUUUGAACUAUUAUUUGCAUACAGUAAUUACAGGCAGGCAACUGCCAUUUGUAUAAUAUAUUUCAAAAAAUUCGCUCAAGCUACAUACAACUUCUAUCAAUACGAAUUUCUAGAUUUAUUCAUUGAAAAUAUAUUUGAUAAAACAACGGAUUUUGAAAUAUUUUGUUUCACAUAUUUUUUUCAUGUUUGAUGAUAUCUGGAAUAGUUUUCGAUUUCACGCCUGGUUUUUUUGUGGUCUGAUAAAAGUUUUCCAAAGAAUGAAUGAAUCCAGGCUUAGCUUUAGUUACAUUCUUUUUUUUGUGAUGCAGAUUCGUGAUUUUGAUUAAGAUUUGUAAUGUAUUUUUAUAUAUUUUUGCAAAAUUUUUGCCUCAUACAGUAGGUUUGAAAUCUAACUGAAUGUUAGUUAUAUCACCUCGUAUGAGUUUAUUGUGUGUUAAUUGUAAAAUAAAUGUGAAUUAUUAUCAAACUAUUCCUGUACAAUUAGUUCUCAUUACACUAGCUAUAUAUUUUGUUGCAUAUUAUUUGUACUGUUUUAAAGAAAUGGCGACCUAUUGGCAUAAAAUAUAUUGGUGCUAAUUUUUAAGCUUGUCAGCGUUGUUUAUAUAUUCACUUGCAUUUUUGAGAUGUAAAGAUUUUUGUCAAUUUGUUAUAUAUACAUAAUAUAAAUUAUUACUAA